CGUCUUUCAAGUGAGUGAAUGGUUGACAAUUCUACAACAAGACAAUUCCUCCCAUAUGCCACACCCUUUUAAGACACAUCUCUCCCUCUCUCUCCCUCUCCCUCUCUCACAUCAAUGGCAUCUCUUCAGUCUCUUUCCUUCUCUUCCCCAGUCUCUCACUACCAUAAGCAACAGCCACGCACCCACUCAGGUUUCAUAUCUUCACCUCUUCAUCGGAGUGCGAGCUCUGCAUUCCAUGGCCAGACGUUGCAUCUGCCUCACACUCAACAGGCCUCUUUAAAAGCGAAUGUGAAGACAUCUCGACCUGUUAUUAUGAUGGUAAAACCCACGAUUCAGUUCAUUCAAGGGACAGACGAGCAGACAAUUCCUGAUGUUAGGCUGACCAAAUCAAGAGACGGUACGAAUGGUGUUGCUAUAUUCAGGUUUGAGCAGCCCUCUGUCUUUGACGCAUCCGGUGAUGUUGGUGAGAUCACCGGCUUUUACAUGAUCGAUGAUGAAGGGGUUCUUCAGUCAGUUGAUGUAAGUGCCAAAUUUGUCAAUGGGAAACCAGCGGGGAUCGAGGCUAAGUACAUAAUGCGGUCGCCUAGAGAGUGGGACAGAUUCAUGAGAUUCAUGGAGCGAUAUUCCAAUGAGAACGGCUUGCAAUUUAUCAAAAAGUGAAACUCCUCAUUUCUUCUCUCUGACGGCCCCAUUCGUCUCCAUUUGGCAUCCUGUUUUUGGGUAGUGUAGUCAAGGCAAUACUUAAAGAAAUUGUUCCCGCGCAUAUUGGCUCUUGCAAAAGCAAUAUCCUGAAUGUACGAUUUCCUUGCAUGCUUCAUUGUAUUUGAAUUCACCGUGCAUCAGAAACUCCUCUCCUUGCAUUGGUAGCAAUUGAUGUAAGAUCUCUCGAGAACACUUGAAUCAAGGGGGAGUUGAUGAGGAAUCAACUGAUGAAUUUUUGUUAGUGAGUUGUGCAGUCCUUAUUUGACCCCA